AGUUAAGUAACCAAUGUAAUCAACAUGGCGAAUGUGCCAAAGCUUCCCAAUCAGCCUUCUGAGAAAGAAAUACAAAAUUUUCUGUCUAAAGUGGAUGAAAUAGAAAAUGUCUUAAAAGGUCUCAAUUCUGACAAUGAAGAAAAGAGAGAUCUCUAUAUGUCAAAAGCUGAUGAGAUGAUUGAGAAAAUCCAAAAAGAAAAGAAGAAUCCUGUGGAUGUCAAUGAUGAGGAAGAGCCAGAUAUGCCUAGAACUAAAACAGGCUUUAGCAAGACAUCAAUUAACAAAGACUGCUACAAGAAUGAUACAGAGUCAGCGUCAAUUCCUGGCCCAGCUAUUACAGAAUGCAUGGAUCAAAACGCCUUUAUGGCAGCCAUGGAAGCUGAUGCUAAGGAAAGAGCAGAAAGGAGAAAAGAAAGGGAAACUACUGCAAACACUUUAAAAGAACAGGGAAACACUGAGUUUAAACAAGGAAAUUUUCAAAAAGCGUUAGAGCUAUAUAAUCAGGCAAUCGAUCAGAUCAGGGACAGCUCAGUAUUGUAUACUAACAGAGCUCAAGCCAGAAUGAAACUUGGUCUGUAUUCAGAUGCAUUGAAGGACUGUGAUCUAGCACUGAGACUCUGGCCAAACUGUUUGAAAGCUUACGUUCAUCAAGGACAUGCCUAUUUGGCUCUCAAAGACUUUGACAAGGCAAGGAAAAGUUAUCAGCAAAUUUUAUCAGUGGAUCCAAAAAAAGAGAGCAUGGUGCAAGAGUACAUUGCUGAUGUAAACAGAGCAGAAGAAGCCAGCCAGAUGGAGGCAAAAGCUACUAAACUGUUUGAAUCAGGGGAUGAAGUGGCUAGUGGUGUUGUUGACGUAUUGAACAGAGUAAGCCAGAAGAACCAGCUGCCCUUGUAUUACUCUGGUGGAUUUAGGGUGCUUGCGUCAGUUAUAAAAGAUGCUGAUUCUCAGACUUUAUUCAGAACUCACAAUGGCUUCCAGUUACUAAGAGAGCAUCAACUACUCAGCAGGUGUUUGUCAUCAUCAUUGAAUACUUUGUCCAAAGAAGAGAAAGAUGUCAUGUCAGCAGCCUUAGAAAUGUUAACAAGUGCUUGUAAGGAUAAUGAGACCAAUCAGCAGAUGUUAUUAAGUCUGCCAGAAUUUGUCCAUCAGAUUUCUUCCAUACUUGUGUUCAAUUUUAAAGGGCAGGGGCGAGUGUUAAAAAUAGCUUGUUUGAACCUGCUCCAUGAAAUAUCUCUCACGUCUGCUGGCAGGGCUGCCAUUGUUGGCAAGUUUGAUGUUGACAGACUGACAGCAGCAUUAUUUCCCUUGAUGAUGAAAGCCACAACCUAUGGCAGCACUGCUGCAGCGGUGCUGAACAAUAUUGCACUUGACAGAAGGCUCAAAUCUCUUCUUAGAGAGAAAAUUGAAGAGAAAAUUUUGCCAGCCUUUGAAAGUUUAUUGGUCACUACAACACCAGCAAGUAUUGUAAGCCUGGCUGCAUCUGCUGUCACAAAUCUGGUAGGAGAUCAAGUCAUCAGAAAUAAAAUGGCUUCCAGCAAGAAGUUGUGGGAUAACAUUGGACAUUUAUUAGGGUGUUACAAAGAGUCCAAGCUAAUAGCUCCAUCAGAGUACUUGCUGGGCCUUCUGUUAAACCUUAGCACCAAUGUUCCAUCAGCAUCACUAGAGCAGGUAGGCGAUGGCCUCAUACAAAACUGUUACAGCAUUGCUGCAUCUGGAGACCUAUCUGAUUUGUCAGCAUCAAGGGCUCUUGGUGUCCUGAGCAAUCUGCUGCCUCAGUGCCAGAAUGCAGUCAACUAUAUGUGUCAAGAUGAGAGAACUCUUCUGUUACUCAACCUUUUAAAAAAUCAAGAUCCAGCAUUUUAUAAGCCUGCUUUGAAAUGUAUCACAGCAGUAACUCAGUCCAGUGAGGAAGCUAGGCAAAUGAUUGCACAGAAUAAAGGGACUUCUAUUCUUAUGAGAUUUCUGGCCAUGGAGGAUGAGGUGGUGAUUGGUAAUGCUGCCCUGUGCCUCUCCCAUCUGUGCCAAGUAAAACAGGUGUGCUCAAAGCUGACCAAGACCAACAUCAUUCAGAAACUUCUGGAGCUGGCCAGGGAUGGCAGAAAGUCAGCUUGCCAAACUAACUGUGCAAUAUUAGUCGGGAAACUUGUGCAAGGAGACAGCAGACACUUAGACAGACUAAGAGAAUUGCACGGCAUUGAAAUUCUGCAUGGCUGUAUGAAACACAUUAAAUAAAAAACAUCAUCAUAUACAUGUCAUAUAUCAUAUACAUAUUGACUAGUUAUUGAAGAACUGUUAACCUGCUGUGAUAUUUGGUUGAUUAUUAAUUUUAAAUAAAUAUGUGUAUUGAACACAAAUAAGCUGUUUAUAAAUGCUUUCAAAGGUAUUAAAUAAAAGUGCUCAUUUACUUUUUAA